UUCGAGGCAAGCGGUGAACGAUCAUGGAUGUUUUUAAGCAGGUCGGCAGGAAGGACCUCUCUUCUACCAACAUGUCCAGUCUCCUCACAGGCGGAUUCGGGUACCCACACAACUUCACUAGCGAUUCUCCAUCAAUGUCCAUCAGUAAGCUUUUCCCAGCCUUGUUACAGUGCUUUGGUAUAAUCCUUUGUGGAUAUAUCGCUGGCCGAGCCAACAUAAUCACGUCAACUCAGGCGAAAGGACUAGGAAACUUUGUCUCUCGCUUUGCCCUCCCAGCUUUAUUGUUCAAAAACAUGGUUGUCCUGAAUUUUUCCCAUGUGAAUUGGUCCUUCCUAUACAGCAUCCUGAUUGCCAAAGCGUCAGUGUUCUUCUUAGUCUGCAUCCUAACGUUGUUGGUAGCCACACCAGAGAGGCGGUUUAGCAAAGCUGGGCUUUUUCCCAUUUUUGCUACUCAGAGCAAUGACUUUGCACUAGGAUAUCCUAUAGUUGAAGCUUUAUAUCAAACCACGUAUCCAGAAUAUCUCCAGUACAUUUACUUGGUCGCACCGAUAUCUCUUAUGAUGCUAAAUCCCUUAGGAUUUAUCUUCUGUGAAAUCCAGAAAUCAAGGGACAGUCCGACUGCCUCUCUCAGCAAGAUGGAGAUCCUGGUGCUUGGACUUCUUCGAGUAUUGCAGAACCCCAUAGUAUUUAUGGUCUUCAUAGGAAUUGCCUCAAAUUUCAUUCUUGGGCAGAAGGUUCCGGAAUACCUGGAGAACUUCCUCGAUGGACUUGCCAGUUCAUUUUCUGGCUCCGCGCUUUUUUAUCUGGGGCUCACCAUGGUGGGCCAGUUAAAGAAACUGACAAAGGGUGCUUUUGUUGCACUGAUUCUUCUUAUUACAGCUAAACUACUGUUGAUGCCACUUCUCUGCAGGGAAAUGGUGGAGUUAUUGGACAAGAGCAACACUUUAGUCAACCACACCAGCUUAGCAAACUAUGCAUUUCUUUACGGAGUCUUUCCAGCUGCUCCUGGCGUGGCUAUAUUUGCAACGCAGUUUAACAUGGAAGUAGAAAUUAUCACUUCUGGAAUGGUAAUUAGCACUUUCGUCUCUGCUCCCAUCAUGUAUGUUUCUGCCUGGCUGUUAACUAUUCCAUCUAUGGAUCCAAAGAAACUGGCAUCUGCAAUCCAAAACGUUAGCUUUGAUAUUAGUAUUGUCAGUCUUGUUUCUUUGGUGUGGUCCCUUGCUGUCAUCCUUCUGAGUAAAAAAUACAAACAGCUUCCUCACAUGCUGACAACGAACUUACUAAUUGCUCAGUGUGUCUCCUGCAUUGGAAUGGUGAUAUGGAACUUCACUAUUGAAGAAAGAAGUAUCACUGUGCAAAUACUUGUGUUCAUUUUCCUGUACAGUGCACUUUAUAGUGCUUUUUUGUGGACAGGUCUCUUAUCCCUGUCUCUGCUGCUUUUGAAAAAAAAAGAAGCCAUAAAGCUCCCUGUCGGAAUUCUCAUUAUAAUAGGCUGGGGAAUCCCAGCAGUUCUCGUUGGAAUCAUGUUACUCUCUGGCGAACGAAAUAAAGAUGUCAUUGAUUCUGCGUUUUUUUAUGGGAAACAUCAGAUGAUUAUUACGGCAGUAAUCGUAUUCAUCAGCAUAUUGAUCUCAGGUGUGUCGCUCAUGUGCCUGAACAGAGCCGGCCGAGAGGCCAGCGGUGAAGCACUGACCCAGCAAUCCCAAUCGAGUGCAACGGAGGAACCUGAAAGGGAUAUAAGCGAGCAAAGCACGUCUUCGACCAGCGUUUCUCAUUCACUGACGAGCUCUUCCAUGGAACGAGGGUGCUGUGCGUGCCAAAAGCAAGAUGGAGAGUUAUGCUCCCCUGAAGGAGAGCCAGCGUCUCCCCUUAGUGCCAAUCAUAACUGCACUCUGUCAAUUGAGACAGCCAAUCAGUGCUUGAGUCCAUGUAGUUCUCAGACCUGCAUGUUGGCACAGGAAGAGCAGUUUCUGCAGGUUGGGGACCAACAGCUGGCCAGACAUGUGCUGCUGUGCCUGCUACUCAUCGUGGGCCUCUUUGCCAAUCUCUCCAGUUGUUUGUGGUGGUUAUUCAACCAAGAACCUGGAAGACUCUAUGUGGAACUGCAGUUCUUCUGUGCUGUAUUUAAUUUUGGUCAGGGAUUCAUUUCUUUUGGAAUAUUUGGCUUAGACAAACAUUUAAUUAUUCUUCCAUUCAAACGAAGGUUCGAGUUCCUCUGGGGUAACAGAGACACAGGGGAAAGAAGGGAUUCCUCCAUACCUGAGGAAAUCCGGAUGACGUGCCAACAGUUUGUUCAUUACCACAAGGAUUUGUGUGUCAAGAGCAUUGUCCAGCGCAGAAGGUGUGGAGUAAAGGUGGCCACUGGCGUCUUCUUCGGCUGCGACCUGGUGGACUGGCUCAUCGAAGUCGGCCUUGCCUUAGACCGUGGGGAAGCUGUGGUGUAUGGAGACAGAUUGGUGAAAGGAGGCGUCAUCCGGCAUAUUACCAAUGAAUUUGAGUUUCGGGAUGAGCAAUUACACUAUCGCUUUGUUCCUAGGAGAUCCAUGGUGAGAGAAAGCCACGGAAACGGGGAGGUCCUUCGGAGCUUAGCCUGAUGGGGCUUUCCGAA